AUGUCAGUUGCAACAAAUGGGACAACAGAUCCUGCGUUCGAGGUUGAUUUUGAAGAUGGAGACGGAGCCGACCCAAGAGAAUGGAGUGUCCUAGUCAAGUGCUUGAUCAUCGGCUGUAUGAGCAUAUGCACUACCACCGUAGUCAUGUACUCAACGUCGUACGCCUCUGGAAUUCCGGGAAUGAUGAAGACCUUCCAUAUCGAAGAUGAAACUAUAGUGGUACUUGGAUUGACAACAUACCUGCUUGGACUUGCGCUUGGCUCGAUUGUGCUUGCGCCUCUCUCGGAGAUGUUGGGGCGUAGGCCGAUAUAUUUAGUGUCUUUGUCGCUUUUCACCAUCUUGAUAAUUCCGUGUGCUCUAACGCCGAAGCUUGAAGGGAUCCUAAUUGCGCGCUUCUUUGGUGCAAUUGCCGGAAGCGCAAUGUUGGCAAAUGCCCCUGGCACGAUUGCCGACUUGGUCAAUGAGGAAUAUCGCGCUCUUGCGUUCAGUGUAUGGUCUAUAGGUCCUAUGAACGGACCCGUACUUGGACCACUCGUCGGCGGUUUCGUUUACCAGAAUCUAGGAUGGCGGUGGACUAACUGGGUUGUCCUCAUACUUGCAGGCUUCUCUACUAUUUGUAUUGCAUGUGUCAAGGAAACCUACGCGCCCGCUAUCCUUCGUAAAACAGCAGCCAAGGCCAGAAAGGAGACAGGAGAUGAUCGCUGGUUCUCGCGCUACGACGUGAAACUGGAAUUGAUCCCUCUGGUGACCGAAAAUCUGAAGCGGCCAUGCAUCAUGGCUAUCACCGAACCCAUCUGCAUAUUCUGGAACCUUUACAUCGCCAUCAUCUACGGCAUCCUCUACCUCUGCUUCGUCGCCUACCCCAUCGUCUUCUCCGACCUGCGCGGCUGGUCCCCCGGCCUCACAGGCCUGGGCUACCUAGGCCUAGGCAUCGGCGGCCUCAUCACCAUCUGCUGCGAGCCCCUAAUCCGGCGCAUGAUCAACUCGCACCAAAAAGACCCCGCGACCGGCAAAGUCGCCCCGGAGGCCAUGGUCUCCGUUGUCGUCAUCGCCGCCAUCAGCAUCCCCGUCGGCGAGCUCAUCUUCGCCUGGACCUGCACGCCCAACGUGCACUGGGUCGUCCCUAUCAUCGCGGGCAUCCCCUUUGGUGCCGGGAACUGCGCUGUCUUCAUCUAUGCUUCGAAUUAUCUUGUGUAUAGCUACGGUAUCUACGCUGCGUCUGCGCUGGCUGGCAACGCUGUCCUGAGGUCCAUCAUGGGCGGCUGUCUGCCGCUGGCUGGGCCGUCGCUGUACGCGAAGCUGGGCCCGCAUUGGGCGGGUACGUUCCUCGGGUUGUUGGAGGUCUCGCUGAUACCGAUCCCCUUGAUCUUCUGGAAGUAUGGGCACACGAUUCGGAAGAAGAGUGUGCUAAUUAGUCGGAUGCGGGAGGAUCAGGAGAGGGCGGAGGCGAAGCAGAAGAAGGCGGCUCAUAGGGCCGAGCGGACCAGGAGGCGCGAGGAGAAGUAUAGGGUGGCGGGUGAGAAAGAGAAGGAGGCGACGGAGACGAGGACGGAGAAGGAGGUUUUUGAGGUGUGA